CCAGCAGCAAACUUAAUAGGCCAAAUUUACUUUUGUCUUUGCAGGGAUAUACUACUCGAAAAACAUUGGAAAUCUGUUAUCGCACGUUCAGUGUGCGACUAUUUUUUCGAUGCCCAGGCAAAAGUAUCUAAUCUUCAGGACAUUCCGCCUGUUAUUGCCACACCACAUCAUUAUCUCAUCUCCGUGUUUCGAAACAAACUUUUCUUCCUUGCAGUCACUAUGUCAGAAGUGCCGCCACUGUUCGUGAUUGAGUUUCUCCAUCGAGUUGUCGAUACCUUCACAGAUUAUUUUGGGGACUGCGGUGAAGCCGUAUUAAAGGAGCAUGUUGUCGUUGUAUAUGAAUUGCUCGACGAGAUGCUCGACAAUGGAUUUCCUCUCGCCACAGAACUUAACAUUCUCAAAGAGCUGAUCAAGCCUCCAAAUCUACUUCGGACGAUUGCCAAUACAGUAACAGGUCGGAGCAAUGUCUCAUCGACGCUCCCAACUGGUCAGCUUUCAUGUGUACCGUGGCGCCGCGCGGGAGUAAAAUACACAAACAAUGAGGCGUAUUUUGAUGUCAUCGAAGAGGUGGAUGCUAUUAUAGAUAAAACGGGUGCAAUUGUCUCCGCUGAAAUUCAAGGAAGGAUCGAUUGCUGCAUGAAACUUUCGGGAAUGCCAGAUCUUACGUUGAACUUCGUCAAUCCUCGCUUAUUCGACGAUGUCUCGUUCCAUCCUUGCGUUCGAUUUCGUCGUUGGGAGUCUGAAAAGGUUCUUUCGUUUGUCCCGCCUGAUGGAAAUUUUCGCUUGAUGACCUACCACAUAGGCAAUCAAAAUCAGAAUCAUGUCGCAAUACCAAUCUAUGUACGGCACCAAAUAUCGUUCCGUGAAGCCGGGGGAGGAGGUCGGCUUGAUGUGACCGUGAGCCCUAAAUCAACUAUGGGAAAAACAAUCGACGAAGUGGUACUCGAGAUGUCGAUGCCAAAGAGUGUCCUGAAUUUAUCACUAACUGCCAGUCAGGGAAAAUACUCAUUUGAACCUACGAGUAAAUUGCUAGUGUGGAACAUCGGAAAGAUUGAGGUUGGCCGCGUGCCAAACAUCCGCGGUACGAUUUCCAUGGUUUCUGGUUGUCCCCCACCAGAAACUCAACCUGUAAUUUCCCUACAAUUCAACAUCCAAAGCCUUGCCGUUUCUGGCGUUAAGGUGAAUCGAUUAGAUAUGUAUGGAGAGUACCAAGGAGCGAACUGCCUGAGCGAGUACGAAUCGGGAAUUCUCCACAGACGCGUGGCCCCAAGUCCGAGCUACAAGCCAUUUAAAGGAGUUAAGUACAUCACCAAAGGAGGGAAAUUCCAAGUGCGAACAUAAUUAUUACCUGCUAUUGUCAUAACACGCGCACAGAUGCCUGGCAGAAGAAAUUACAGAUAUAAAAUGAGGACGCAAAUCUUGUGACAAAGUGAUUAGGUAGAUUAAUGAAAACGUAGAUAAAAGUUGACUUGUUAGGAAAAUGUAACAGACAGUGAUAAGUGGUUGGGUAGUUGUAUAAUAAUAUGCAUAAAUGUAUGACUGUUCCAAAUAGUGAAGUAAGUUAGGAAAAUGCCUUUUGGUGCUUAUGUGUAUAUCGCCAAGCGACAAGACGACAUAUAUAAAAUAAAGACGGCAAUAUCAACUGAGCUUUGUUAGUGUACAAAG